AUGGAGUGCCUUCUAAAGAAAUAUAAUGUAAAUCAUAGGGUGGCAACCCCAUAUCACCCACAAACUAGUGGGCAAGUUGAAGUAUGCAACAGUCAGAUUAAGCAAAUCCUUGAAAAGACAGUCAAUGCUUCAAGAAAAGAUUGGUCGACGAAACAUGAGGAUGCACUUUGGGCCUACCGAACAACCUUCAAGAACCCCUUGGCAGGCGAAUCUAGAAUUCUUCAGCUUCACGAGUUAGAGGAGUUCCAGAAUAUUGCAUACGAAAACCCCAAGAUCUAUAAAGAAAAAGCCCAGAAGUGGCAUGACUAA